CUGAAGAAGAAUGAGUAACUCGGAGUGCGUCGUGACGGCCUUUGGCUGCAAUGAUGACGGGCAGCUGGGCACGGGCGCUAAGCGUCGACCGACUUUAGCCAUUGACGACGUGUCGGCCUCAAAUUUCCCGCAACAGAUCGGUAACCUACCUGACGAGGACAUUGUGGCGGUCUCGUGCGGAUCUCGUCACACUAUGGCACUUACCUCCAGCGGCGCUGUGUACUCUUGGGGCUGGGGAUCGAUGGGACAACUGGGCCACGGAGAUCUCAAGAUCAUCAAUGAGCCGCAGAAGAUUGCCUUCUUCGAGCAGGAAAGGCUCGAGGUAGACUACAUUUCGUGUGGAGGUUGCCACUCUGCCGCUGUGACCAAAGACGGAACGCUUUACGUGUGGGGUGAGUCGCACUGGGGUCAACUUGGCUUGCCCAAGGAGUAUGAAGCAGCGCACGAGUCGUUGCCGGUUAAAUGCCCCAUGCCCGAGGGUGAAGCUGGCGAAACUAUCGUGAAGGUCAGCUGCGGCGGCACUCACACGGCUGCAUUGACUAGUUUUGGACGCGUCUACGUGUGGGGACGUGGCGAUAGUGGCCAGCUGGGCAUCGGCUCUGUGUGGAUGAAGGACCCAGAGAACGAGAGUUUAAUGGGAGCGAGCCGUCCGCAUCUGCUGAAGGCAUUCAAUGGUGAGAAGGUCGUGCAAGUUGCUUGUGGUGCUUUCCACUCGGCAGCAGUGACGGAGCAAGGACAUGUGUAUGUUUGGGGAAAAGAAGACUACGGUAUGCUUGGCGUUGGCCAGUCAUCCGACCAGCAGAUCCCGAAGCGCUUAGAGUAUUUUGACGACAUCCCAGUACUGCGUGUAUCAUGCGGUGGCUGGCACACGGUGGUGGUCGCCAAGUCGGGAGACUGCUACGCUUUCGGACGGGGUGAAUAUGGUCGACUGGGCCUAGGUGACACAAAGAGCCGUACCCGGCCGCACUUGGUGAAAGCAUUGAAGGGGAAAACGGUGAUUCAGGCAGCGUGCGGUGGCUCUCACACUCUGUUUGUCACGAGCGACGGCACCGCCUACGUUGCAGGACGGCCUGACCAUGGACGACUGGGUUUGGCGGACAUGAAGGCCUUGGGAGUACCUACGCGUCUGGACUUAGGUCCGAUCCCUGUUCGUCAGUUCUCUGCAGGCGGCGCGCACUCGGUGGCUUUGAUGCACAGCUCGCGCCCUAUCUUCUCGCCUAUGAUAUCUCCGAUCUCCACCAGCGAGUCUGUCCCGCAUGGUGAGCUAUAA